ACCCUGAGACCUUCUUCAUGCACCUCAGCCCAUCACCACACAGGAAAUGAGUGAUGCCAGUGACUGAUGAUAUUUGAGACACUUGACAUAUAAAUCUCCCAUUAGGAAUCCUUCUGCUUCUCAGUUGCAGUAAUGGCCAGCCAUGCAGCUCUUGCCUCCUCAAGAAUCCCAUCCAACACCAGGUUCCACUGCAAGGCCAACACCUCCUUCAGCAAGAGGCUAGAGGUUGCUGAAUUCUCAGGGCUGAGAUCGAGCACAUCCCUCACCUUUGCCACCCAUGGAAGAGAGGCAUCCUUCUCCGAUGUAUUGGCCUCCCAGUUGUCUACCAAGCUUCAGACUGCGAGGGCUGUUCCUGUUAGGGGGGAGACCGUCGCGAAGCUGAAGGUUGCGAUCAAUGGCUUUGGGAGGAUUGGCCGGAACUUCCUCCGCUGCUGGCACGGCCGGAAGGACUCCCCACUCGAAGUGCUGGUCGUAAAUGACAGUGGCGGUGUCAAGAAUGCUUCUCACCUUCUCAAAUACGACUCCAUGCUUGGCACCUUCAAAGCUGACGUGAAGAUUGUGGACAACGAGACGAUAAGUGUUGAUGGCAAGCCCAUCAAGGUCGUCUCCAAUCGUGACCCUCUGAAGCUGCCAUGGGCCGAGCUAGGAAUCGACAUUGUCAUCGAGGGGACAGGAGUCUUCGUUGAUGGCCCAGGAGCUGGAAAACACAUACAAGCCGGCGCGAAGAAGGUUAUCAUCACGGCACCGGCGAAAGGAGCAGAUAUCCCAACCUACGUUGUCGGCGUGAACGAAGGCGACUACCAUCACGAGGCGUCAAACAUAGUCAGCAAUGCAUCUUGCACGACGAAUUGCCUCGCUCCUUUUGUGAAGGUCAUGGAUGAAGAAUUUGGCAUUGUGAAGGGAACCAUGACAACAACUCACUCUUACACAGGGGAUCAGAGGUUGCUGGAUGCAUCACACCGGGACCUGAGACGUGCGAGGGCUGCAGCACUUAACAUCGUCCCGACGAGCACCGGAGCAGCGAAAGCGGUGUCGCUGGUGCUGCCCCAACUCAAAGGCAAACUGAACGGGAUCGCCCUCCGGGUGCCGACGCCGAACGUGUCGGUGGUGGACCUGGUGGUGAACGUGGCGAAGAAAGGGAUGACGGCUGAGGACGUGAACAACGCCUUCAGGAAGGCGGCCCAGGGGCCAUUGAAGGGCAUCCUUGCGGUGUGUGACGUGCCUCUGGUGUCCGUCGACUUCCGCUGCAGCGACGUGUCUUCCACCAUCGAUUCAUCGCUGACCAUGGUGAUGGGCGAUGACAUGGUCAAGGUGGUUGCUUGGUACGACAAUGAAUGGGGUUACAGCCAAAGGGUGGUGGAUUUGGCACAUCUGGUGGCAAGCAAGUGGCCUGGCGUGCCUGCGCAGGGGAGUGGAGAUCCCCUGGAAGACUUCUGCCAGACAAACCCAGAGACCAAGGAAUGCAAAGUAUACGAAGCAUAAACUGAUUGCUUGAUGUGUAUCGAAUCAUUUCUGAUGGAUGUAAAACUCGCGGACAUGCGUAUGACAUUUUUGUGAUCGGCAGAUCAAAGUGUUUCUUCUACAACAAUGAUGCUUGAAGAGAAUGAUUGCCUUGUGGAUUUAGUAUUCA